GGCGCGUUGCGGGCCAUGGGCGGCAAGAACAAGAAGCAGCGGGCGGCGGCGGGGGCGGGGGCGGUGCGGGCCGCGCUGUCGGCCGCCAGGCACAACGAGGGGCCGCGGGCCGGAGCGGGGCCGCAGACGUUGCCGACGACGCCCCGGCCCCCCGCCGCCGCCGCCGCCGCCCCCGCCAAGGACCCCCGCCCCAAGCAAGGGCCAAAGAUUUACAGCUUUAAUUCGGCAAACGAUUCCGGCGGUCCUGCAAAUCUGGAUAAAUCCAUUUUGAAAGUGGUGAUUAACAGUAAACUGGAGGAGAGAAUUAUCGGAGUAAUCAAUGAGCAUAAAAGGCAAAAUAAUGAUAAAGGGAUGAUUUCUGGACGACUGACUGCCAAAAAACUACAGGACUUGUACAUGGCUUUACAGGCAUUUUCCUUUAAAACCGGAGACAUCGAAGAAGCUAUGAAAAAUACAAUUUUGUAUGGAGGUGAUCUUCACUCUGCCCUGGACUGGCUUUGUUUAAACCUCCCAGAUGAGGCACUUCCCGAAGGAUUCAGUCAGGAGUUUGAAGAAGAACAACCGAAGAGCAGACCCAAAUUUCGGGCUCCUCAGGUGCGGGCGACGACUCCCCCCCCGCAGCCGCCCCCUACCAAAAAGAAAGAAGCCGAGCCUGAGACCAAGCAGAAAAGUGCCGGGCAAGUUCAAGAGUUGGAUAUGAAAGAAUGGAUUCUGCGGUAUGCUGAACAACAGAAUGAGGCAGAAAAGAAUGAAAACUGUGCCAAAAGUUUAGAAGAGGAGGAAAAAUUUGACCCCAACGAGAGAUACUUACAGUUGGCGGCAAAGCUCCUUGAUGCCAAAGAACAAGCCCUUUCUUCCAAACAAGAAAAGAACAAGCAAGGCCAGAAGGAGGCCCAAGAAAAAAUAAGGAAAUUUCAAAGAGAAAUGGAAACCUUAGAAGACCAUCCCGUGUUCAAUCCAGCUAUAAAGAUUUCACAGCAACAGAGUGAGAAAAAAAAACCACCUUUACCCUCUGAAAAGGAAGGGGCUUUGAACUUGAAUUUGAUUGAAAAGUGUGGACCUGCAGAAGAAGAAAAAGCCAAAAAGAAAGAGCCUCGAGAUGUAAGGAAUUUUGAUUACACUGCUCGGAGUUGGACGGGCAAAUCCCCCAAGCAGUUUCUGAUUGAUUGGGUCAGGAAAAACCUCCCCAAAAGUCCAAAUCCUUCCUUUGAGAAAGUUCCAGUGAAUAAAUACUGGAAGUGUAGAGUGCGGGUGGUAAAGUCUGAAGGCGACGUUCUUGUGGUGUGUCCAACUAUUUUAACGGAGGACGGCAUGCAAGCUCAGCAUUUGGGCGCUACGUUGGCUCUUUAUCGUUUAGUCAAAGGACAGUCAGUCCAUCAGUUGCUCCCUCCCACAUACCGUGAUGUUUGGCUAGAAUGGAGCGAAACCGAAAAGAAAAGGGAAGAGCAAAAUAAGAUGGAAACCAACAAGCCUCGGGAUCAUUUUAUUGCAAAAUUGCUUAAUAAACUGAAACAGCAGCAGCAGCAGCAGCAACAGCAACAACAAUCCGAAAAUAAAAAAGAGGUCGCCGAAGAUCCCGAAGAAUCCUGGGAGAAUUUGGUUUCCGACGAGGAUUUUACAGCGUUAUCUCUCGAGGCACCCUAUGCGGAAGACUUGGAGCCUGUGAGAAAUCUCUUCAGGAAGUUGCAGGGCACAGCAAAAUACCAGAGACUUCUAAAGGAGCGACAGCAGUUGCCCGUUUUUAAGCACAGGAAUUCAAUCGUUGAAACUCUUAAAAGACAUCGAGUGGUCGUCGUGGCGGGGGAAACCGGAAGUGGUAAAAGUACUCAAGUACCUCAUUUCCUCCUGGAGGACUUGUUGCUAAAUGAAUGGGGAUCGGGGAAAUGCAACAUCGUGUGUACCCAACCCCGAAGGAUCUCAGCCGUGAGUCUGGCCACUAGAGUCUGUGAAGAACUGGGCUGUGAAAAUGGACCUGGAGGAAGAAAUUCUUUAUGUGGAUAUCAAAUCCGAAUGGAAUCUAGAGCAAGUGAAGCUACUAGACUACUAUACUGUACCACAGGAGUUCUCCUACGAAAGCUGCAGGAAGACGGUCUUUUGACAAACGUGUCUCAUGUAAUUGUAGAUGAGGUUCAUGAAAGAAGCGUUCAGUCUGACUUCCUGCUCAUUAUCCUGAAAGAGAUUUUGCAGAAACGCUCCGAUCUGCACUUGAUUUUGAUGAGUGCUACUGUAGACAGUGAGAAGUUUUCUACCUAUUUCACACACUGCCCCAUUCUCAGGAUUUCAGGAAGAAGUUACCCUGUGGAGGUUUUUCACCUGGAAGACGUGGUAGAGGAAACCGGCUUUGUUCUGGAGAAAGACUCAGAAUAUUGUCAGAAAUUUCUGGAAGAGGAAGAGGAGAUAACCAUCAGUGUCACAGGCAAAGCAGGAGGAAUCAAAAAAUAUCAGGAGUACAUCCCAUCACAGGCGGGACCUAGCGUCGAAUUAAAUCCCUACUACCAGAAGUAUAGCGGACGCACCCAGCACGCUGUUCUUUAUAUGAAUCCCCAUAAAAUCAACCUGGAUCUCAUUUUGGAACUGCUUGCAUUCCUAGACAGAAGUCCCCAGUUCAGAAAUGUAGAAGGAGCAGUAUUAAUUUUUUUACCAGGACUUGCACACAUCCAGCAAUUGUAUGAUCUCUUAUCAACAGACAGGCGGUUUCAUUCCAAAGAAAGGUACAAAUUAAUAGCCCUGCAUUCGAUUCUCUCAACUCAAGAUCAAGCAGCAGCAUUCACGCUCCCUCCUCUCGGAGUCCGAAAGAUCGUUCUAGCGACCAACAUUGCAGAGACAGGCAUUACUAUACCGGAUGUGGUCUUCGUAAUUGACACUGGAAGAACGAAAGAAAAUAAGUACCAUGAAAGCAGCCAAAUGAGCUCCUUGGUGGAGACGUUUGUGAGUAAAGCCAGUGCCCUGCAGCGCCAAGGGAGAGCGGGACGAGUUCGAGAUGGAUUCUGCUUCAGAAUGUAUACACGAGAAAGGUUUGAAGGCUUCAUGGACUAUUCGGUACCGGAAAUACUGCGUGUACCACUGGAAGAAUUAUGCCUUCAUAUUAUGAAAUGCAAUCUCGGUUCUCCCGAAGAUUUCCUGGCCAAAGCCCUAGAUCCCCCUCAGCCUCAAGUGAUCAGCAAUGCAAUGAACCUGCUCCGCAGAAUCGGCGCCUGUGAGCUCGCCCAACCGAAGCUGACUCCGCUGGGCCAACAUCUCGCAGCGCUGCCCGUCAACGUCAAGAUUGGGAAGAUGCUCAUAUUCGGGGCCAUUUUUGGCUGCUUGGACCCAGUGGCAACAUUAGCUGCCGUUAUGACCGAGAAGUCUCCCUUUACAACCCCGAUUGGUAGAAAAGAUGAAGCCGACCUUGCUAAAUCAGCUUUGGGAAUGGCAAACUCUGACCAUCUGACGAUCUACAGUGCUUAUCUAGGGUGGAAGAAGGCUCGUCUAGAGGGAGGGUAUCGUUCUGAAAUGGCGUACUGCAGGAGGAAUUUCCUUAACAGAACGGCAUUGAUAACUCUAGAGGAUGUCAAGCAAGAACUAAUCAAGCUGGUGAAGGCAGCAGGCUUCGCUUCGUCCACCCUUCCCAACGACCGGGAUGGAAACCGCGCCACUCAAUCCCUCUCCCUCCAAGAGACGGCCCUCCUCAAAGCAGUGCUGACCGCGGGACUCUACGACAACGUGGGCAAGAUCCUCUACACUAAAUCGAUAGACGUCACCGAGAAACUGGCGUGCGUCGUGGAGACGGCUCAGGGCAGAGCCCAGGCCCACCCUUCCUCCGUCAAUCGAGAUUUGCAGACCUACGGCUGGUUGCUCUACCAGGAGAAGGUAAGGUAUGCAAAGGUGUACUUGAGGGAAACCACUCUCAUUUCCCCAUUUCCCAUUUUACUGUUUGGGGGCGAUAUAGAAGUACAGCACCGGGAGCGUCUCCUGUCUGUCGACGGCUGGAUCUACUUUCAGGCUCCUGUGAAGAUUGCAGUUAUUUUCAAACAACUGAGAGUUCUCAUUGAAUCUGUUUUAAGGAAAAAACUUGAAAAUCCUAAGAUGUCCCUUGAAGAUGACAAGAUUUUACAAAUCAUCACAGAAUUGAUAAGAACAGAGCAUACUAACUGAAACUAGAAUCGAGGGGCAAAAAUUGCAUCGUCUUAAACAUCAAGUUGAAGAGGUGGUAAACAAACGUAUGUGGAAAUGGAUCAUCCCUAAAGUAUUUCAGCGUGUAAAAUGUCAAUACUAGGUGUAACUUGGAAGAAAACGCAUAGACUUUACAUAUGUGUAAUUUUUCUAAUUCCUUUUUAGCGAUGAUGAUGAUGAAUCGUAUUUGCCAUUUCGGUUACAAUAAAUUCUUUGGUGCCACUUGUCCCAGUUACCAGAGCCCAA